AGUAUUGCCUGAACGCCGCCAGCUCCAGGAAACCCGGCUAGCGGUGGGAGAUCGGGAAAAUUUCCCGCUGGGAAAAACACAAAUAACGUGCCGUGAGGGUCGUGCCCCGGUGCCAGGGGCAGGACAGAGGCCUGGGCAGGCGGAGGGAAGGAGGGAAGGAGCCCCUGCCCGGUGCCCGCCGGCGGAGCAGCGGCGGAGCGGGAGGCAGAAGUUUUAACUUCCACCUGCCCUGAAGUCGCCGCUGCGCCGGCAGCAGGAGGCGGAGGCGGGGGCGGAGGCAGGCGGGGCAGCCGAGGACCCGGCUCUGGCAGGCUCCGAGGGUCCGGCCGGGUGUAAUUCCCCCCUAAUCCCCGCCACGGCGGCGCUUCCCUGGCCGAGCCAUGUCUGCGGCUUCCCCGCCAUGCCGAGCCUAGCGGGGAGCGGGAGGACUGGCGGCCGGGAGGCGCACAAAAUGAAGACCCUGAUGCGCCACGGGCUGGCCGUCUGCCUGGCGCUCACCACCAUGUGCACCAGCUUGUUGCUCAUGUACGGCGGCAUCGGCGGCAUCGGCGGGGGCCACCCGGAGCCGCGGCGGCGGCAGCAGCAGGUGGCGGCGGUGCCCAGCCGGCCCCCCGAGCGCGGCCAGCGCCACCCGGCUCUGCCCGUCGGGGCCGGCCUCCUGGAGGGAUACAUCAGCGUCCUGGAGCACAAGCCGUUAAAGAUGCACUGCAAGAGCUGUGCCUUGGUGACCAGCUCCGGGCACCUCCUGGGCGGCAAACAGGGCGACAGGAUCGACGAGGCCGAGUGCGUGAUCCGGAUGAACGACGCACCCACCCGGGGCUACGGAAGAGACGUCGGGAACAAAACGAGCCUGCGGGUCAUCGCCCACUCCAGCAUCCAGAGGAUCCUGCGGAACCGCCACGAACUCUUGAACAUGAGCCACGGUGCCGUGUUCAUCUUUUGGGGGCCGAGCAGCUACAUGCGCAGGGACGGCAAGGGCCUGGUGUACAACAACCUGCAGCUGAUGAACCAGAUACUGCCACGGUUAAAAGUGUACAUGAUUUCUCGCCACAAGAUGCUUCAGUUUGAUGACCUGUUCAAACGGGAAACCGGGAAGGACAGGAAGAUAUCCAACACUUGGCUUAGCACGGGCUGGUUCACAAUGACUAUCGCAUUAGAGCUCUGUGACAGGAUAAAUGUUUAUGGCAUGGUGCCACCGGAUUUCUGCAGGGAUCCUAAUCAUCUUUCAGUACCUUAUCAUUACUAUGAACCUCUGGGACCUGACGAGUGCACAAUGUACCUUUCCCACGAGCGGGGCCGCAAGGGGAGCCACCACCGGUUCAUCACAGAGAAACGAGUCUUUGAGAACUGGGCACGGACAUUCAACAUCCACUUCUUCCAGCCAGACUGGAAACCAGAGCCACGCACUGUGACCCACCCCGAGACCAAACCGCUGCUCUGAGGGGGGAACACACGAGGCCACAGUCACAGUCACCUUCUGUACCAGCCUUUGGACCUCCUGGGACAGCACUGCAACCCGGAGGGGAAGGGGAACAGGGUCUGCAGCUGGGAACUGCAGCAGCAGUCAGGAAGCUGUGAUGGAGGAGCAGCACAUACCAAGAGUACUUUGUGUUGAACUGUCACCUUUUUGGGCCACCUGACUCCCUGUGUGUGUACGUGAUUUGUGAACAACAACUCGGGUGUCAUUAACGGAUGGUUAAUUCAUUACGGCUUUUUUAAGUGCAACGCCACUGGAUUUUCAUAGUGAAAACUUACAGUAUUUAUUUAAUGGAGGUUUUUAUGCAACCUAGGCCAGUAUUUUUCUAAUUCACAGUUAUGUGGUUGUUUAUCUUUCAUAACCUUUCAAAUGCAAAGUUAAUAUUGCUGAUGGUUUGAAAGGCCUAGCCUUUUAUUUAUAAAAUUUGUUUGAAAUAUAUAAUUCUAUAUAGCAUGUAAUUAAUAUUUGAUCAGGAAAUGUUGCAUUUCUUUUAAAAAAUUUGGGCUCCGUUCCAGCCUAAAGCCUUUAAUGGCAAGAGUGGUCCCAUGUGCAGAUCCAGCUCACUUUACAUUCUGACAUCUCAUGUUAAUAUGAAAACAGUAGUGAAAAUUCUGUUUGAUAUUAAUGUGCAUUUGCUGCUGUGCUGUCAAGCUGCUGUUUUUUAAAUAGGGGUGGGAGGAAGGAGGGCAAACAAAAUUUAUCAAAAAAACCCCAAAACCCCACUGGCUAUGGCAGCGUGCUUCUCAGUGAAGGUACCAGGCUGAGGCUGGAGGGGUUGUGUUCUGUUUUGUCGCUUGUACUCUUGCAAGAGGCUGACAGAGACCCUCCUGAGGCAACAGACUACAAACCAGGCCACAACUGCUGGAAACAACACGACCAAAUUUCUGGAAUGAAGAAGUUAAACUACCAGGUACUACAAUAGCAUCCAUACUUGCCAGAAAGAUCACAACACUGCACUUGCAAAAAUCUCUGCCUUACACAGUUCCAAGAUCAUCACUGAGCUCAGAGAUUCUGGAUCACGUUGAAGCUGGGCUGUGAAAAGAAUUCCACAAGUUCAAAGUUGUCCUCUUGAAAAGAGCAAAGUUAAACUUUGCAUUUUUUUUCCAUGAAGUACCUGCAUGUGCAUGGCAAGUCCCUGUGAGCCAAGGGGAAGGACAAUGCUCAUGCUGUGUAAGGAACUUCCCAGUGGGAAUUACUGGGUUACAUUUGGCUUGAGAAUAAAGAAGAUUUCAGUUACAGUAUUAUUUUUGCUUUUGCUUCACAAGCCUCAAACCUCUGAUUUCUUCGAAGUAAUGAGUAACUAUUGCAUGAAACGUACCUCAGGUGAUGGAAGGUGUCUCUUAUUAGACAAAUGUGAAAGCCAGAACAAAGAUACUACCUUUAAACAUCUCAAUCCAAGAAGCUGAACCUCAGAGGUGAUGUGUAGAACUGGGACCAAACUCACUCUCAUUUAAACCCCCUUUUAACCCAUGGUCUUCCUCUUUCCAAAACUGAAUAGCAAUAGCUGCAGCUGCCUGACAGAUACCCUGAUCCUCUGGAAACAAAGUGAACUGCCCUGUCAGGGGCAAAACAGUGUCACCUCUGUAACACUGCCUGGACCUGAAGUGCAGGCCUCCAAGAGCCACUGUCCUGCUGCAGCCCCCCCCCCCCCCCCCAGUAUCAAAAAGUAAGAAACUAUAACCUAUUUUGCCUUAAAAGCUUUCUUUGGGUGUUCUUCCUGGUGCACACCGCUCAGCAUACAAACAAUGCCAAUUGCUUGUAACCUGUCUCUCGUCAGCUGGUGUUCAGCUCCCCCUCUUUCACUGAUGGUGUUUUAUUCCUUCCACUUGACUUCACUGCGUUCUGCAGAAACCAGAAUGGAUUCUGAACUCGUGGUAAUCUGAACAUUCCUUUCAACAUGUGUACUGGGGCAUGUAUCCAACAGAUGUUGCUCCAAUUGCUGAAAUCUGUCAAAUUGAUUUACAGAUCAUUUCUAAUGUGACUGCAAGAGAUGGUACAGAUCAUGGUAAGUCCUCUGAUGCUACCGUCCUUGUUUUAUUAGUGAUAUAAUAAUAAAAAGAUCUUGUCAUUCUAAA